AUGAACCCUACGGAGUUGCUCGGGUCCAUGGCGCUCGUCCGUCCUGACCCAUACGAUGAAGCGACUGCAUUGCGUUUUGGAGAUUUUAUAUUGUUAUCAUGCAGCUUCAUCGAGGACAACGCUGGGUUCCUGUGCGAGCAAGGGUGCGUGCGAAAGCGCUGGGAUACGCAUCUAAAGCUUUCCUCUCGUGAGUUGGUGUUUGAAGUUUGCACCGCAAGGGAAGAACGGUUCUUGGUAGAGUGGGAAUCCCUGAACAAGAACCGAGCACGAGUUGAGGACUUCUCAAGGUUAGAGCAUGUCAAGAUGCAGAAUCAGAUGGAAAAGAAGGCCAACGACUCGCAAGCCGAGCACAUGACAGGGAAGCCUGUGCAUUACGGAGAUGUGAUACAGCUACGCCAGUUGAAGUCGCAAGCGUUUCUAGGAGUAGAUAUAAGUCAGGCCCCACGAGAUGAGCCCACGGCUAAGAAGAUUGUUCUCCAUGACAGGCCAGGAAAGCCAGUAGGUUUCAAGAUCCUACCUCGUUUCAGAUACCUGGUGGAGGGUCAUACAGUAUGCUAUGGAGACCAAAUCACUUUGGAAAGCAUGUCCUUUCCCCGGGAGUUCCUGCAUGCAUCAAACAACUCGUGCUACCCGUCUGAAAUCGGAAUGAUACACGAGGUGACCCUCAGUAUACGCCAGGAGGCUGCAUGGAAAGUAGAGCCAUUCCUUUCCUUCUCGUUGCAGUCCAAGGCUUUGGUGAAAGUCGGAGAUGUUGUUCGGCUGUAUCAUCCAUUCCAUCAAGCAUACAUCGCAGCAACGGGAAUGGAUAACACAGUCUACCUACAGUCAGGUCAAACCUCGCUCUCUUCAACUAUGUGGGUUGUGGCAGACAAGAAUCCCCUCAUCGGAGGUCUAGUGAAGCUGCACCAUAGCUACAGUCUGAUGCAUCUCGUGACGAAACGUUAUCUCUGCGUGACUGCUGAGAAGCUGCAACCAGCUCUGAGAAUCAACACUGUCCACGAAAGCUAUGACGAUGGCCAGGAGGACAGCUCUCGAAGCCUGUUUUCUGCUGUGAAGUUGAGUGCCAAUCACUCUCACGGUGUGUUCUUCAGCUUCGAGCCCUACGAUGACGAUCACCAGAACUUGCAUCUGCAGUGGUCAGGCAGGAUCAGGCUGAUGCACACAAACACAAGAGACUAUCUUCACUGUAUGAACUCACAUCAACUGAGCGACCCGUUGCGUCCGUUAGAAGAUGCAGAUUCUUCGCAGAUCGCUAGACUGAAUGUGAUAGAGGAGGAUCAUCAGAUCUCUUACGAGGAGAGAUUAGCGGAAGACUUGUCCAAGUUGCCCGAACGAGUGGUUGUCUCGUCUCCCGCCUUGUUCCGAGAGGACAGCUUCGAUGUGGAGCAGGUCCCUGAAGAGCAGAUAAGGUCUGUCGAUGUGGUUCUUGGUAUCCUGCCAACCCUGGAGAGCUACUUGAUGCAGAUGAACAAAUUCGAGAGCAUCGAGUUCUCUGAAGAUGUAGUGCUGGAGAUUCUUGACCGGCUGUCGGAUUUGAGGUUGUACAUCUAUGACAUCCAAGUGAGGGACAGGACGAAGAUAGCCGUGCUGAAUGACAAAGAGUUGCUGCAGAUGAACCCGCUGGAGUAUUGUCAAAACUUCAUGCAUGACCUGGGAGUUCCCCAGCUGCUCUUUGCGAUCAUACGGCAGACUUGCAAGAUUUGGUUGAAGCAGGUACCGACGACUGCUGAGCCCGCAAACAACCUGAAGAGUGACAAGACACAAAAGAAAGUCAAUCAAACGAAGAGUUCUGGGCUGUACAAACUGAUCAGCCCCACAAACUUGUUGAACCUACCAAGGAACAGAAGCGCCAAAUUGGUUCUUCAAAUGUGCUACUCAGUCCUCUGGCACAUUGUGCACAAACACAAGAAGAACUCUAUAGAGGUCGCGAGCUUUUUGAAUGAGAUGCAGGACCACCUCAUCCUGGACAUCGGAGCUGAACGAGUUCUGCUGGAGGUGCUCGAAGGCAACGAGAAGCUCCUUCUGUCCUUGGCUGGCGACGCUACCCGGGAUGAUCACAUCCGAUUUCACCUCCGGGCCCUGGCGACUGAGGGAAAGGAUCCGAUGCACGUGCGAUUUCUGUCUGCCUUCACCGCUGUAGCAGACAGAGGCAUCUCCCGCCACCAAGACAUCGUCCUGGAGAGCAUCCUUGACGAAGUCGAUGACAUCCUCCUCCGGGUGCGGGUGGAGUGCCAGGCCGUGCAGCUCUUCGAUGCUCGACACGCGAUCUCUGAGAACCCUUCGACAUGGAGGGACCUCGGGGAUCUCGUGGCCGACAUGUCACGUGCGGGGAAGCGAGGUCAUCAGAGUCGAAGGAUGCUGGAGUACUGGAUUGAAACCUUCGCGCUGCUAGCCAACCUUUGCAAGCCCGACUCCCUGGGAAGGAGGCAGUUCAUCAUCGGGAGGGUGAAGAAGUUUGUGCCUUUGGAGGUCUGCAUAUCCUGUCUGCAGGACGACAGGCUGUCUGAACACCUUCGGAGGCACGUGUGCGAGUUCAUCAGGUUCUGUUACGUGGAGGGCGAUGAGUUCAACAGCAUCACCAGGCUAACCGGAAUCUCAAUCUGGAAGGAUCUUGACUCAUACCAAAACUUUCACUUCUUGAACAGAGUCACUGAGGAGAAGCAGGCAGGCAGUCAACAGCCAGACUCUGCAAGGAAUCCCGACCCUCCCAAGGACCUGUAUGACCUGAGAACCAUCGUCAGGGAGUACUUUGCUCAGUCAUCUUGCCAGAUGUACCCGGGGGAGCGGCCGUUCGCCAACGAGCUGAAGCUCUCGAUGCUGAAGCUCUGCAAGCAGUUGCUGGUAUUUGGGUUUGUGUGCGAGGAAGACCUCAAGUCAGUGAUCAAGGAGACCAUGGACCUGCUGGACUUUUCUUCUCUUCGCUUCAAUCGGACUGAGAACAACUUUCACUUCGACAAGGACCGUGCAAGGAGCUCGUCGCUGACCAAGUCCGACAAGAAGGUGGAGGCGGACAAGAAUGCGCUGCUGCUGUCUGAUCAAACCAUUUCGGCCGCACUCAAGCACCUCCGCCCCAUCUGCAAGUUCGUCACUCCCCUCGAGAUCCCCCGCAUCUGUUCCGCCUUCCAAGUGCGCGUGUUCGAACCAGGGACCACGUUGGUGGAAGUGAAUGACGCGGCAGGAGCCAUGUACGUCAUCCAGACAGGUUCAGUGUUCGUGAUCGAGACCCGAGAGGGAGUGGAGAUUGUCGUGGAGACUCUGUUGCCUGGCCAGCAGUUUGGCAGAGAGUCUCUCAUAGGAGAGAUCAAGACUUGGCCCUGGAAGGUCCGCUGCUCUCAGAGGGUGAUCGCUCUGAUCCUGACUGCCAACGACUUCACGGAGUUCGUCGAGUACUGUGAUAAGUCCGGCAGACUGCAGCUCACCGACGAGCUUCAGAUCAUCCUGGAGACGAAGAGGGAGGCUUGCUCGCUGCUAGACGCGAUCUACGACCUCAGCCUGUCGGUUCGAACCACCAAGAUGCUGCAGGAAUAUCGGUUUGACUUGAACGUGUCAAAGAAAGAGUACGUGCUGGGUAUGCUGGCAGACAACUCGGGGCAACUGCUGCACAGGUUCCCAUCCAAGGUCCUAGCUAACCAGAAGACGGUGCCUGACGUGAUCAGCAUCUCCUUCCCUUACCUCCCUCAGCUUUCUGUGCGCCUGAAGCCGCUGUUCAGAAUCUACAGCGAUGCGCUGCGAAUUGACAGGAUAGUCGUCCUUUCAUCGUUCGUGCAGUAUGUUCUGGCCACCGUUGUGAUCAUCUUGCUCUCUGUUCGGAUCCAGGAAGUCAGAGCUGCAGGCUGGGCACUGGGAAGCUCUGCUCGUUACUCCAGUCACCCAGGGCUGUCUAACGGGUAUGCCGCGCUUGUCGUCAACCUGAUCCUUACCGUCAUUUGGGCUCUCUCCCUCAUAGUGAAUUGCUUUGCAGUCUACACCUUCCACAGGGUGGCGAUCUUGAACUCGCCGUCUGAAAGGCAUCUCAACCUCUUGAAGGCGGGACUUGUCGUUCAGUGCUGCUACUUGGUCUAUUUCUUUCUCAACACCCUUGUUUGCUUCUCGUUUGCGCUUGCCGACAGCAAUGCAAAUGACAGCGUUUACGGCAUCUGGACCCAGCUGCUGUGGUGUUGCCUUCUCACCCCCCUCCUGUGCUUGAACCUCUACUUCCUCAGCUCCUUGCGGUCAUUCAUGGAGUUUCCCAGUCUGUUCAGCGAGCAGGGGUCGUCGGAGGAGACGAGCCUGCGCAAGAAACCAGGAGCUCCAAGGAGGGAGUUCAUCAAGAUCAUAGAGUUCAUGAACCUCGACGAGGACGGGUGGCUGUCGAGUUGCCUUGCUGACCUCAUCAUCUUCCCCUAUGAGCCCCUGGUGGUCGACGCCUUCAGCCUGCUCGUUAGGACCCACCAAAACCAGUUCUUCCUCCACAAGUCCCUGUCCAACACUCUGAUCCUUAUUGAGGACGACAGCGACGUGCUGAAUCGCUUCGCCGAUCGGCUCACCCUGAACUUCCUGCGGGUGGCUAACGACAUUCAGUCCUUCACUGUGGAGCGCAUGCACUACAUCUCGAGUAAGGCGAGCAAGGACAACGACCUGCGCAUCAGGGCCAUCUCGUCUGUCGAGCCGAAGCUGAACAAGCUGCUUGAGAUGAUCGGCGAUGACAAGCCGGUGGUCCAGAGGAGGCUGUUCCAAAGGAAGAGCGUCCACAAAGUUCUGCUGAGGCUCCUCCGAUGUCUCCCAGCUGACUUCCAGGAGACCACGGGCCCUCUCUGCUUCCAGUGCCUGGCGGCCCUCUGCAAUGACAGCCUCCCGAUCCAGCACGAGCUCAGUCAGCACCUGAGCAUCUUCAGGACGUUCCAGGACUCCAUCCCGCGAAGUGUCGUCAUGCUGCUCUCCGCCAUCUACUCCGACAACGUGGACCUGUGCUACAACGUAGAAGAGAGCCUGAUCUCGCACGUGACCGACUUGAUGCAGGAUGAGGUGGACGUCUGCUACCUCAACUUCCUGCAGGUGCUCAUCCACCCCAAGCAGCAGAUCCUGCGGAGGAAUCAGAACCUCGUGACCAAGUACCUCGAGCUGAACAGCAUCCAGCUCCCUCUCUUCCAGGGAGCCGCGGGCAGGAGCACAAGAGCUACGAUGCUGGAUGAUCCCAACACCUCCCAGGGAGUCCUGCGCUGCUACCUCGCGUCCAUCCGCCUCCUUACUAUGUGCAUGAAGGAGUCCAACUUCGAGAACAAGGCCCGGUUCCGGCGGGCCGGCAGCCCCCUGGCCAUGUCACUGGACGACAUCGUGGAGGAUCUGAGGGAUGAGAAGCUGCCGGCCAAGAUCAAGGAAGCUCUCCUCGCCUUCCUCACAGAGGCCUACGUCAGGGUCGACAUGGUCAAUGCCCACCUGCGCCUCCAGCUGGAGCUGUGCGACAUCUUCGAGCACUUUGCGCGCUCUAUCGAGCUCUUGCCCUGCAGCCCGCAAGGGCACAAGACCCAGCUCCUGUCCAGCAGCGAGAGGUCCCUCCUCAUCGUCGGGUACCUGGACUCGGCCCAGGCUCUCUUCAGCUCUCUCCCACCUGCCGACCUGAUGCAGAGAGACAACAUCCGGGUGAAGGUCGGUGGGCACCUGCUGGAGGUUCUGCUGGACUUGCUGGACAGUGACAGGAGGGUACUGCAAGCACACGAGGAGCUGAGAAUCCUUGACCUGGUCUCGUUGCUGACCUCCAACCUGCGCUCCUCCUUUUCUCGCUUCAAGUUCCUCCACCCCAAGUUCCAAGACGUGUUUGGCUUCUCUUCGUUGAAGAUCAGCCUGAAGGACUCCAGCAGCUCGCACGCCGCUGGUUCGGCCUCGGAGCAGGAGGAGGACAAGCUGUUCGAGGAGAGCUGUGUGGCUGAGAGGAGAAAGGAGAUCGAGAGGAGCCUUGAGGAGCAAGAGGAGAGGCGGCAGGGUCAGAAGCUGGACAUUCCCAGCGGCGUCGUCGUGUUUGCCAACGAGUUCUUGAGAUCGAUGGAGUCGUGCGAGCAUGAUGAGGGGCAGCGGCUGAAGAAUGCGUUCCUGGAGGGCAGCGCGAGAGGAGACGGGGGGGAGGGUAGCAUCAGCUUCCAGCACAUGCAGAGCUUGAUCAGCAUGCUGUCAAACUCGUCGAAGCUCUCCCACCAGCUGACGGAGAGGGCUCUCAAGAUCGUCAAGGACCUUGUUAUGAUCCAGCAGAAGCAGAGCAGGGCUAACUGCACGGCGGAGGGGGAGGAGAAGAGGAGGUGGCUGAAGCACGGGAUCGCGAAGAUGGUGAUUGAGAUCAUGUCGACGUCGCACAAGCAGGACAAGGUCGUGCUCGAGUGCCUCAACAUCUCAAACUUCAUGCUCGACAACGGGAAGGCGCCUUGCCAGGGGGCCUUCAUGGAGCUGCUCAGGAGGGACGAGAAGAACUCGCUCUUUCAGAACCUGCGCGACCGCCUGGUGCGGGCUGAGAGGUCCCUCCCGAUGCUCCAGAGCUCGUUCAACAAGUACUGCUCCGAGCUCUCGGCGCAGAGCAGCAACAAGGGGUUCGAUUUGACGCUGGGAGGGAUAGAAGAGAUCAUGAAGGAGGACAGGGCGAACGACGUCUUCUACGGCAGCCAGGUCCUCCUCAUCCUCCGCUUCCUGCAGCUCCUGUGCGAGGGGCACAACAAGGACAUGCAGGAGUACGUCCGGUUCCAGGGCAAGAAGUCGAUCGAUCUCGUCUCCUCCUGCGCUGAGUUCCUUGCCGCCUGCUCAAGGCACAUGCACCCCUGCUCCAUCGCCUUCGCCCUCCAGGGCGUUGACACGCUCAUCGAGUUCGUCCAGAACCCUUGCUACAAGAACCAGCGGGCGCUGGUGGACACUCAGCUCCCGCACGUCCUCAACCAGUUCCUCCAGCUUAUUCCCACCUGCAGCGUCCAGCUGGUGGACAUCAGCAGGUACGAGGCGGACGUGGACGCGCUGAAGAACAAGUCGGUGACUCUCCUCCUCUCCCUCCUCGAGCGCGUCGACGACCCCUUCAUCCCCGCCAGGAUCCUCAAGGCCCUGGAGAUCGACAAGCUCAUCAUGCAGAUGAACUCGCUGCAGGAGCAGUACCUUGCGGGGGACAACGCCAAGUUCCGCCACUACGAGGAGGGGAAGGUGGCUGUGGAGGAGAUCAGUCAGCACGGGGCCUUCCAGGUCGCCUGCUCGCUGUUCAUGCUGGUGGUGAUGCUGCAGUACUUUGACAAGGAGGACGAGCACGACCUGGCCUCGAAGCUCAAUGAGGAAGUCAUCCAAGACUUCGUCCGCCUGCAGGCCAACUGCGGCUUCAUCGAGAUCUCCCGCGACGGGAAGCUGGAGAGGGUCUUCUUCCAGAUCCCCGCCAUCUGCCGUCACCUCAGCAGGGAAGCGAAGAACGACGUCCUGCGGGACCUGAACAGAGGCAACCACCAGGACCGCAUGCUCGGGCUGGUGGAGAGCUCCCUCCUCCGGUACGACGAGAUGGUGUACAUGUACGAGCUGCACAAAUCUGUCGUCUACGAGGCCUUCCACCGAGUCAGCAAGCACCUCGACGUCUCGUUCUUCCUCAACGCUCUCCUCCUCAACUUCCUCAUCCUCUUCGGAUUCAGGUACAAGGACACCCAGUACGUCACCCUUGAGAACAUGAGCAACAUCGUCCUGCCCGCCUCCUUCGUCAGCCCGAUCCUGACCUUCGCUGCCUUUCAGUUGGUCCUGUGCCUGCUCAGGCUGAGCAGGUACAUGAUCGAAUCAGGUUUCUUCCGAGUCAAAAAGAUCUUCCUCUCUCGCCCGGACUACUACCAAGUCUACACGGAGCUCUACGGUGGCCCGAAGUACUUCUAUCUCUUCGGCACAAUCCUCCUCACCGACAAGUUCCUCCUCCUCCUCCUCUUCUACUUGGUCAUGAACCUGUUGGCCCUCUACCUCGGUUCCCAGGACCCCCGCUUUCUCUUCUUUCUCAUCUCCCACCUUAUCGACAUGUUCCACCUCAGCCGCGCCCUUGGCAACGUCGUCAGGGCAGUGUCUAGCAGGGCCAACACCCUCCUGCAGACCGCGGCCCUCGCCUUUGUCAUGAUGUUCAUCUACAGCGCCAUCGGCUUCGUCCUCUUCCCAGAGUACUUCGCGUUCGAGGCGGCGGAGGUGCGCAACGGAGACGAGAUGAGCUACAACGUCAACUCGGCUCGCUGCGACUCAGUGUGGAAGUGCUUCCUGGUCGUGGUUGACAUGGGGCUGCGCAAGGGAGACGUCGGAGGAGCGCUGGAGGACAUCCAGUGGCGGAGCGUGAUGCCGGGGACCACUGUGGAGCCCUGCUCCUCCCCUCCUGGUCUAGAGUACAUGGGAUGCCUCGGGAUAGGUGGGAUCGACGUGGGCCCGUACAUCAUCCUCCGCAUCGCGUACACGACGACGUUCUUCAUCUUGGUCAACACCAUCCUCCUCAACAUCAUCUUCGGCAUCAUCAUCGAUACGUUCGGGGAGCUGCGCAAGCAGAACCAGGACAUGGAGGAGGACCUGAACCUCCGCUGCUUUAUCUGCGGGCUGGAGAGGUACAGGUUCGAGAUCAACUCGAGGGACGGGCUGGGGUUCGAGCAGCACGUGAAGAAGGACCACAACAUCUGGGACUUCCUCUACUUCAUCGUCUACCUCUCGCAGAAGAGCAUCGACGAGCACACAGGCUUCGAGUCCUAUGUCUUCAAGAAGCUCAACGACUUGGACGAGGCAGGAGGAGUGGUCAGGAAGCACAUCCCCGACGUCUCCUGGAUCCCUUGCAAGGAGGCCAUGGUGCUCAAGGGCCGAGGGGGGGAGGAGGACGAGCAGUCGCUCGCUGCCAGGCUGGUGAAGCUGGGAAAGGAGAUCAAAAGUCUUGCAAGCAGCACGCAGGCACACCUGCAGGCGCUGCUGUUCACGGCCGAGAGCGGUGCUCAGUUUGAGGAGGAGGAGGAGGAGGAGGAGGAGGAGGAUUAUGAUGAGGAUGAUGAUCAUGGUGGAUAUGAUGAUGAGUAUGGAGAAGGGAAGGAGGAGGAGGAGGAGGAGGAGGAGGAGGAGGAGGAGAGGAGGAUGGAGAACAAGACAGCGAAGAAGGUGCGAGAAGAGACAGUGGGGAUUUUCUCAUUCCCGGGGUAUUCUAGAGCCUCAAGUUAA